UAUUGACUGCAGCCCUAGCCUUGAGUCUGCAUCCCCCUGUGCUGCGCGUGCUCCCUCUCUCUCUCUCACUCCCUCGCGCUCCCUCUUUUCUACCUCUGUCUGUCUCUCUAUCCCUCUGACUCUUGUGGACGCAGGUUCCAGUGGAGAUUGCUCCAGAACUGAACAGGACAAACUCUGUCUCAAACUACAGGGUUAACAUCUCAACUUUCUCAGCUGCAUUUCUCAUCUCAGUGAGCACACUCUAACCAGGCACCAUGGAGGCCAUCAAGAAGAAGAUGCAGAUGCUGAAGCUGGACAAGGAGAACGCAAUCGACCGUGCAGAGCAGGCCGAGACCGAUAAGAAGGCAGCGGAGGACAAGUGCAAACAGCUGGAAGACGAGCUGCUGAGCCUGCAGAAGAAUUUGAAGGGGACUGAAGAUGAGUUGGACAAAUACUCUGAGGCCCUCAAAGAUGCCCAGGAGAAACUGGAACAGUCUGAGAAGACCGCCGCAGACGCGGAGGGUGAUGUGGCGGGUCUGAACCGCAGGAUCCAGCUAGUGGAGGAGGAAUUGGACCGGGCCCAGGAGAGGCUGUCUACCGCGCUGCAGAAACUGGAGGAGGCAGAGAAGGCCGCAGACGAGAGCGAGAGAGGAAUGAAGGUGAUAGAGAACAGGGCCUCCAAGGACGAGGAGAAGAUGGAGAUCCAGGAGAUGCAGCUGAAGGAGGCCAAGCACAUCGCUGAGGAGGCUGACCGCAAAUACGAGGAGGUGGCCCGUAAGCUGGUGAUCUUGGAGGGAGAGCUGGAGAGAGCUGAGGAGAGGGCAGAGGUCUCAGAACUUAAAUGCAGUGACCUGGAGGAGGAGUUGAAAAAUGUGACCAACAACCUCAAGUCCCUAGAAGCCUCGUCUGAGAAGUACUCAGAAAAAGAGGACAAGUAUGAGGAGGAGAUCAAGGUUCUUAGUGACAAGCUGAAGGAGGCUGAGACUCGUGCAGAGUUUGCAGAGAGGACUGUGGCCAAACUGGAAAAGUCCAUCGACGACCUGGAAGAAAAAUUAGCAGGUGCCAAAGAAGAGAACUUGGGGAUGCAUCAAGUCCUGGAUCAAACACUGCAAGAGCUCAACAGCUUAUAAAAAUUAUGAAGAAGAUGGAGAGGAUAAAAGUCUUGCAACGUCCCAUAAAUAUUCCAUUUUGUUCCACAUUUUCAGCUGUAAAGUCUUAUUCCCAGUGAAAGGGGAUUAACUUAAAUACUUGUACCCUUAAUAUUCUCUUCUCUUUUUAAGUCACAACUUUCUCUCUCUCUCUUUAAGAGAAAUACAUUCCAAAUCACCAGCUUCCUCGAAUCCCGUUUCUUAUGUUUACAUCAUUUUGUUUUAUGGCACUUUGAGAUUAUAGACCAGCAUUAAAAUAAAAUGGAUUAUGACCAUACAGUCUUAUAUUCAGACCAAUUAGUAAAGGAUAGAAAAAAACGACAAUUCAUAUCUGAAGUGUGCACUCCAAGAGCAUGUUUUUGAAAUAGGUCAUGUGACAUGGUCUUCAUUUUAUGUAUGAUUCAUGAUCUCCACCUAGAGGUCUUAUGUGAACAGUUUACAGGAAUCAGCUCUACUGUCCAUGCACCCAUUGACAUGAUCAUAUUUAAUGCAUUCACAAUGCGUGUGAUCAUAUUCACAGGUUGGACUGUGCCUUUUCAGAAUGAGCCAAUAUUCUACCUUUGGUGUGCUUGCGUGUGUUAACAUGGUCGUUGAGACUAGAGGAGGACUAGGAAAGUAUGGUGAACAUGUCUGUGGUGCUACUUGUGGUGGUAUAAUACUAUGACUGACAGACAGUCAGGUGGAGUGUUUGCCAACGCCAAACUCAAAUGUUUUUGAUGUGAAAAGAGCCUAAUACAAAUCCUUUAAAGAACUGCAUCCCAUCCUCUGACUUAAACUAUAAUCUGUGUGGUUUUAAAGUGCCCCCAUAUGCUGACAUGCAGCUUCAUAGCACCUCCUUUCCACUAUCCCAGCUCUACAUUUGACUGCCUAGCCUUGGGUGUAAAAUCACAUUCCUGGUAUUAACUGUGGUGGUAGCAUAUGCAGUAAACCUUAUGCCAAAUAAGCACCACUGGAGCCUCAAUCAAGGUAAUAAAACAUGGAUACUUAUUGUAUAUAGUAGAAUAAUGUUAGUUAUUGAGAAGAUGUAUUGCUCCAGUUUUUCACCACAUUCCGGCAGGGGAACUCUCGAAACCAAAGAAUACACAUACCGGAGAAGAUGAACCCUCAAAUGUUUUUAUUGUUGUCUGUGAAGGUGAUCAUGGCUUCUCAUCCUUGGCCCGUGAAAAAAGGUUCUCAUUUGACUUGAGUCUGUUGUUGAAAUGUUUCAUUCACCUUUCCCUCUUUCAAUCUAAUAAAUUUUUACAAAACAAAGUAA